AAACCUCCGGGGGGGCGUCGUCCGGAGUGUACGUGUGGAACCCCACGCCUCUGCAGGCGCUGCUACUGCCCCAGACAGCGGAUCACACAGGACCAACCGAGGUGCCCUCCCGGCCAGUGAGCUUGUCAAAAAUGGUGAAAUUAACGAACGUGAAGACAAAGCCGUACACGGACCAGAAACCCGGAACGAGCGGCCUGAGGAAGCGGGUGACUGUUUUCCAGCAGAACCAGCACUAUGCGGAGAACUUCAUUCAGAGCAUUAUCUCUGUCAUCGAGCCUGCUGAGCGUCAGGCAGCCACUCUGGUGGUGGGGGGUGACGGCAGGUUCUUCAUGAAAGACGCCAUUCAGCUCAUCGUUCAGAUUGCAGCAGCCAACGGGAUUGGUCACCUUGUGAUUGGUCAGGAUGGCAUCAUGUCCACACCAGCUGUGUCCUGUGUGAUCCGCAAGAUGAAGGCAGUUGGCGGGAUUAUCCUCACAGCCAGCCACAAUCCAGGUGGCCCCAACGGAGACUUUGGGAUCAAGUUCAACAUUUCCAGUGGAGGGCCUGCUCCUGAAGGCAUUACAAACAAAAUUUUUGAGAUCAGCAAGGGCCUACAGGAAUAUCAUAUCUGCCCAGAGCUUAAAGUGGAUUUGUCAAAGAUUGGCAAACAGACCUUUGAAGUCGAGAGUUUCAAGCCUUUCACUGUGGAAAUCGUGGAUUCUGUUGAGGCCUAUGCAGAUAUGCUGAGGGGGAUCUUUGACUUUGCUGCACUGAAGAACCUUCUCUCUGGAGCCAAUCACAUAAAUGUCCGCCUGGAUGCAAUGCAUGGAGUUGUUGGUCCCUACGUAAAGAAGAUAGUCUGUGAGGAGUUGGGUUCUCCGGCCAACUCUGCUGUGAACUGUGUGCCUAAGGAGGAUUUUGGCGGGCAUCACCCUGACCCAAACCUUACUUAUGCUGCUGACCUGGUGAACGCCAUGAAAGGCGGAGAAUAUGACUUUGGUGCAGCUUUUGAUGGUGAUGGUGACCGCAACAUGGUGCUCGGUAAACACGGAUUUUUCGUGAACCCGUCAGACUCAGUGGCUGUUAUUGCCGCGAACAUUACCAGCAUUCCGUACUUCCAAAAGACUGGUGUGAAAGGACUGGCUCGCAGUAUGCCCACUAGUGGAGCCCUGGACAAUGUGGCUAAAGCACUGAAAAUGCAACUAUAUGAGACUCCAACAGGCUGGAAGUUCUUCGGGAAUCUGAUGGAUGCAGGGAAACUGUCACUUUGUGGAGAGGAGAGCUUUGGCACUGGCUCCGAUCAUAUUCGGGAGAAAGAUGGCCUGUGGGCAGUACUUGCAUGGUUGUCAAUCUUAGCCAAUCGGAAACAGAGCGUGGAAGACAUCAUGAAGGAUCACUGGCAAAAAUUUGGCAGAAACUUCUUCACCAGGUAUGACUAUGAGGAGGUUGACUCAGAUGCUGCCAACAAGAUGAUCAAGGAUCUAGAAACAGCAAUGUUCAGCCCAUCCUUUGUGGGGAAGAAGUUCUCAUCGGGUGAUAAGACAUAUGAAGUGGCAAUAGCUGACAACUUUGCCUACACAGAUCCUGUGGAUGGAAGUGUUUCCAAAAACCAGGGCCUUAGGAUUAUCUUCGCUGAUGGUUCUCGAAUUAUUUUCCGUCUGAGCGGCACGGGCAGUGCAGGUGCAACUGUCAGACUGUACAUUGAUAGCUAUGAGAAGGACCCCCAGAAAAUUUACCAGGAUCCUCAGGUGAUGUUGGCACCCUUGGUCGACAUCGCCUUGAAGAUUUCACAGCUUCAUGAAAAGACUGGACGUACCGGCCCCACUGUGAUCACAUGAUUCCAUUGCCAAGUUGCCUCCACUCCCAAUAUGCAAUGAAAAAACCUUUUUUUCCCUCAAAUUUCACAUGCCUGUACAGUAUCUUACUUUAGUCAUUGGCCCAACUAAAAUCCAAAUGGACAAAGUGCAGGGCUAGGUUGACACUGCCAUUAUCUCAGUCUUUGAUGUGUGGAAUUUUCGCUAAAAAGGGAAAGUUGUUAUUUGAGCUUCUUUCACAUAGACAACUUGAGAAAUGUUGACUGAAACUGAAGUGUUCAUUUUAUAGCAUUUCCAUUGUGUUUGGAAGAAAAUUAACAUCUAAUGCAUGAUUUAAUAUGUUGUCCAUUUCUGUUGCCAAACACUCUUGCUGACUGACUAAAAAUCAGAAAGUUGGGGCCUGUUUUAUUCUCCUAGUCUUUCUCCUUUGUCGACCUGGUGCCUUCUUUUGUUCAUGCCAUACAGAACCAUAAAAUCCCAGAGAAAGCAAUGUAAAGUUAACAUGAUGCACAAAGAGAAUAUAAAAAAAAUAAAGUAACAUUUAUGGUCAUUA